GUCUAUAGUGCCGAGGAUUAAAAGAGAGGUCGAAUCCUUCUCCUCGUCCUAUCCAAACCCAGAGGAAACCAAGAAAGAAAGGCAACAAGGGAGGCGAGGGAGGAACCAGGAAACCCUUGCCUCGGCUUGGCUUGGUCCCUCAACCGAAACCCUCCUCCUCCUUCGGGUAAUCGAUCUCCUUCCUGCUGAGCCUCGCCCUCGUUUCUCUCUCCGUUUCUCUCUUCUGCAGGUGCCGCCCCACCCGACCCGACCCCGAUGAAGACCAAAGCCGCCGGCAACAAGGCCACCGUCGACGAGGAUGAGGCAAAGCCCAAGAAGAUCCGGUCAUCGCAUGGUAAGCGCCGCCGUGGCCGCCACAGCCGCAGCCGCUCCUCAUCCGGUUCUGAAUCUCCACCCCGCAAACGCUCCAAGAAGCACAGCAGGAGGAUUCCUGGCAAGAUGAGCAAAAGGAGCAAGGUUGGCAGCAGCAGCCUUCGUCGUCAUCGUCGCCGCCGCCGUAGUCUUAGCCCUGACAGUAGCCUCAGUAGCAGCAGCCCUUCCUCGGUGUCCAGGAGCUACUCCCGCCGCGGCAGCGAAACGUGCCACAGUAGCAGCAGUGCCUCUGACAGGUCGGUGAGCCCGCCCAGGAGCCGGUCCAGAGAUGUUAGGAAGAGAAAGGGGAGGGGUAGGGACAGAGACAGAGAGAAGGAUCGGAAGAGGAGGAAGGUGCGGAGGUCGAGGAGCUACACGAGCAGUGCAGCGAGUAGUGGCAGGAGCAGGAGUAGGAGCAAGAGUAAGAGCAGGAAGCAGAUGGUUGAUGGGGCGAGGGAUGAUGCUACUAGAGACAAGCUUCGACAAGACUACAACAAUCAGCGAACUUCCCAGGCUGAGGAGAACAUGAUUGAGGAUGUUGAUGGGGAUGAUAAAGCAGUUGCUAUUGCCGAAAAGAGGGACGGUCAUAUUGACCGAUACGAGAAGAACGUGAGCUUGGAGAAGAUGGAGAAGAGCCCACCUUCCAAGGAUGCCAAUGAAAUCGAAGAUAUCUUACCUGCUGGUAGGGGAAGCCCAGUGGCUGAGGAUCUUGAGCUGAUUCUCAGGCAGAAAGCUCUUGAGAACUUCCGAAAGUUCAGGCAAGCAGCGAUCAUGGCUGAAAAAAGAGAUGACAAUGCUGCAGGGAAGGAAGCAUUGGCAGAUAGGCCCCAGAAUACUGGCACGAAAAUUGCUGAAGCAAGGUCUGCUGCUGUUACCCCUUUUCAGAGGCAGGGAAGCAGUCUUGGAGUGGGACAUUCUGCUGGAUCACCUAGAUCAGAGGAUUGUGGGAAUGGUACAAGUCAUUCUUGGAAGCAUGAAAGCAAUGCUGGCAUGAGUUGUGGGGCUGGAUCACCUGGAAUACUUGAGGCUGGUGAUACUGGUGGCCCAACUCAACAGAAGGGAAGCAUGUUAGAGGCAACUCAUUCAACUUCUCAGCUUAUUUCACCACAAUAUAGUAGGAAUAGUCAUAGUGUAAUGCGAAGGUUGGUGAGCAUUCCAGGGAGUUCUGGUAGUGUAAGGCAAAGGUUAGGAAGCAGUGCAGGGGUGAGUCAUGUGAGUGGAACUCCCAGUGUUAGAUCAGUUGUGAGCAUACCCGCUAGGGAAGGGCUUGAUGGUAGUACAUAUACCACUCCUAGGCCCGGUGAGAAUUCCGCCCCUGUUGAAGGCAGUAGCGAAGUUGGGCACCCUCUGAUUGACAUUAACAAAGCUGAAGGAACUAAUGGAGAUGAAAGAAAGACAAGUGAAGCUUCAGCUACUAACGAUUCUAUUGUGUCACCUGCUGAGGACAAGAUCCAGGCUAGAAUUGAUGAUAAAGACGGUUCUCAGUUUCAGAAGAAGACUUUCUCUAGAAUGCAUGAGGGAGAGAUGGUGGAGGUCAGCUACAAAGUCUACAUACCAAAGAAAACCCCGGCCCUUGCAAGGAGGAAAUUGCAGCGCUGAAAAUGUCAAGAUUAUCAUCUACUUCUCAUUAGUUUUACUGUCCUCGCUUUAGUUUUUAGCUGGAUAUACCUAUUUUCUUCUAGCACAAGUCCCCAGUACGUCAUCUGGGUAUCUUUUCCCACCCACAUUGAACUCGCCCCGCAUUGCAGUUUUGCUGCCCGACAGAAGCCUUGAUACUUGUUAGAACAUGAUAUAUUUGUUGUUCAACCGAAUUACUCUGCCAAGUCAACAUUUUGAGCAGUUAGCCAGUUUCUACAGGAAAGCUACUACUUUCCUUGGAUUGUAUCCUUGUAAGCAGCACAGUUGCCAUUGAAUCCUGGUAUACACCUAGUCUGUCGUCUGCUUCUGUCGUCGUUGCUGCAUAGUGUUUCCUAUACAGUGGGCUGUUGCAAGGAGGUGUUGGACAAGUAUUGCAAACAUUGGCAUGUGCCUUUUGUACUUGAACAUUGAAAUGAUGGCUGAUCUUGGAACGACAGCUCUGUACUUUGGAAUGGUGGUAUUGAAUGUGUUAAAAUUAUUCCUUUU